AUGAAAAUUGUUCUAGUCUGUACGAGCGCCAGCGAACUGAAGGGCCAUCCAACGGGGCUGUGGUUGGAGGAGUGUGCUGUUCCCUAUUACAUGUUCAAGGAAAAGGGAUACGAAGUUGUCUUGGCAAGUCCCACUGGCGGACCUAUCCCGCUGGAUCAAAACAGCUUGGUUGGAGACUUCUUUGUUGCGGAUGCGAAGAAGUUCAUGCAUGAUGGUGAAGCUGUUGGAGCCCUAUCCCACACCGUGAAAUUGGAUGCUGUGGACUGGUCCACCGUCGAUGCAAUCUAUCUUGCCGGAGGUCAUGGGACGUGCGUUGACUUUGUGAACAACCCAGCUCUCAAAUCUGCCAUUGAGACACUUUUUAAUGCCGACAAAAUUGUAGCUUGUGAUUGCCAUGGUCCUAUUGCCUUGGCAGAUUGCGUCAAAGCGGAUGGAAGCCCAUUGGUGAAAGACAAGGUUGUCACCGGGUUUGCCGAUAGCGAAGAGAUUGCUGUGCAGCUGGAGAAGAUUGUCCCCUUUCUUGUGGAGAGUAAGUUCCGUGAGCAGGGGGCCAAGUACGAGAAGGCUGGUGAUUGGCAGGUCAAAGUUUGUGUUGAUGGCAACCUGAUCACAGGACAGAACCCAGCUUCAUCGGAGGCAUGCGCCAAAGCUGUAGUCACUGCUCUCUCAAGCUAG